CAGUUCUUGCCGGGGCAAACUUCAGAACUACAAAUCCCGUGAGCCAGGGGCACGCACGCGCACGGAACAGUCAGUCCUCCUUGCCCCCCUCCGCCUGAGCCUGAGAGCUAAGAGGGCGGGGGGAAGGAAGAGGAGGCGGGAUCCCGGCGCUGCGUUGGCUGCGGCCUGGCAUCAAGGGGGCGGCCCCGGAGGAGUGCAGACCCAGUGGCCCCUGGCGAUUAUGGACCCGGCCGAAGCGGUGCUGCAGGAAAAAGCGCUCAAGUUUAUGUGCUCUAUGCCCAGGUCUCUGUGGCUGGGCUGCUCCAGCCUGGCGGACAGCAUGCCUUCGCUGCGAUGCCUGUAUAACCCAGGGACUGGCGCACUCACAGCUUUCCAGAAUUCCUCAGAGAGAGAAGACUGUAAUAAUGGCGAACCCCCUAGGAAGAUAAUACCAGAGAAGAAUUCACUUAGACAGGUUUAUCUGAACAAAGCCAAUCCAAUUACAUACAUCCCUGCUGUUACUGGAACCAGAAUUCUUUUGCUUAAAGCUUUAUUUUAUUUGACUUACAACAGCUGUGCCAGACUCUGCUUAAAUCAAGAGACAGUAUGUCUAGCAAGCACUGCUAUGAAGACUGAAAACUGUGUGGCCAAAACAAAACUUGCCAAUGGCACUUCCAGUAUGAUUGUGCCCAAGCAACGGAAACUCUCAGCAAGCUAUGAGAAGGAAAAGGAACUGUGUGUCAAAUAUUUUGAGCAGUGGUCAGAGUCUGAUCAAGUGGAAUUUGUGGAACAUCUUAUAUCCCAAAUGUGUCAUUACCAACAUGGGCACAUAAACUCCUAUCUUAAACCUAUGUUGCAGAGGGAUUUCAUAACUGCCCUGCCAGCUCGGGGUUUGGAUCACAUUGCUGAGAACAUUCUGUCAUACCUGGAUGCCAAAUCACUAUGUGCUGCUGAACUUGUGUGCAAGGAAUGGUACCGAGUGACAUCUGAUGGAAUGCUAUGGAAGAAGCUCAUCGAGCGAAUGGUCAGGACAGAUUCUCUGUGGAGAGGCCUGGCAGAACGGAGAGGGUGGGGACAGUAUUUAUUCAAAAACAAACCUCCUGAUGGGAAUGCUCCUCCCAACUCUUUUUAUAGAGCACUUUAUCCUAAAAUUAUACAAGACAUUGAGACGAUAGAAUCUAAUUGGCGAUGUGGAAGACAUAGCUUACAGAGAAUCCACUGCCGAAGUGAAACGAGCAAAGGAGUCUACUGUUUACAGUAUGAUGAUCAGAAGAUAGUAAGUGGCCUUCGAGACAACACAAUCAAGAUCUGGGAUAAAAGCACAUUGGAAUGCAAGCGAAUUCUCACAGGCCACACAGGUUCUGUCCUGUGUCUCCAGUAUGAUGAGAGGGUGAUCAUAACUGGAUCGUCGGAUUCCACAGUCAGGGUGUGGGAUGUAAAUACAGGUGAAAUGCUAAACACAUUGAUUCACCAUUGUGAAGCUGUUCUGCACUUGCGUUUCAAUAAUGGCAUGAUGGUGACCUGCUCCAAAGACCGUUCCAUUGCGGUAUGGGAUAUGGCCUCCCCAACUGACAUCACCCUCCGGAGGGUACUUGUUGGACACCGAGCUGCAGUCAAUGUUGUGGACUUUGAUGACAAGUACAUCGUUUCUGCAUCUGGGGACAGGACUAUAAAGGUAUGGAACACAAGUACUUGUGAAUUUGUACGGACCUUAAAUGGACACAAACGUGGAAUUGCCUGUUUGCAGUACAGAGAUAGGCUGGUUGUGAGUGGCUCAUCUGACAACACUAUCAGAUUAUGGGACAUAGAAUGUGGUGCAUGCUUACGAGUAUUAGAAGGCCAUGAGGAAUUGGUGCGCUGUAUUCGAUUUGAUAAUAAGAGGAUAGUCAGUGGAGCCUAUGAUGGAAAAAUUAAAGUGUGGGAUCUUAUAGCUGCUUUGGAUCCCCGUGCUCCUGCAGGAACUCUCUGUCUUCGGACCCUUGUGGAGCAUUCUGGAAGAGUUUUCCGGCUCCAGUUUGAUGAAUUCCAGAUUGUCAGUAGUUCACAUGAUGACACAAUCCUCAUCUGGGACUUCCUAAAUGAUCCAGCUGCCCAAGCUGAACCCCCCCGCUCCCCUUCUCGCACAUACACCUAUAUCUCCAGAUAGAUAAUCAUACACUGACCUCAGACUUGCCCAGGACUCAUUAAAGUUGCGGUAUUUAACGUAUCUGCCAAUACCAGGAUGAGCAACAACAGUAACAAUCAAACUACUCCCCACUUUCCUCGGACUAGCCGGGGAGCGGGGCUUUAAGACUCCUGUUGGGACACAGUUGGUCUGCAGUCGACCCGGGACGGUCUACUCAGCGCAGCUGACUGCUUCCGUGCUGCUAUCAGAAGAUGUCUUUUAUCUUUUGGGAAUGAUUGGAACUUUUAGACCUCACCUCCCCUCCCCUCCUUCUUUUCCCUCUGCACCUGUUUUUUCUUCAUUUGGUUCCAGACAAAGAUGACUUAUAAAUAUAUUUAGUGUUUUGCCAGAAUCUCUCUUGCUUUGCUGGUAAGCAGAAGAACUAGUUUCCCUAUGUAGCCUACUGGGAGAGAGCCACUUCUAGGGGAUGGGAGAUAAAACUUCAAGCCAAACAGCACCCAGUGUCUCCCUGUAUACUGCAGCAGUGCCCAGCGCCUGGCAGCAUCAACCCAGCCUCAUGUGCUUAGGAGGAUACUGCUGUCUGUAUAGCCUCUGGGGCAAGAAAGAAAGAAAAAACAGGAGUACACACCCUAGAAGAUCUGGGCCUCUUCCCUUCUGUCUCUUUCUCUGAUUCUGCCCCUUUUCCCCCUUCCCUCACUCCCCUUCAACAUGUUUCUCUGCUGCACCUGAGAAGAAAGAGUAUGAAGAAAGUAUUCUCACUUAGCAUGAGGCAAAUGAGAGAACACAGUACUUAGAAGAGUUCGACGCUACUUAGUCAAAAUUUGAAACCCAGGCUUUUGCUGUAAGUGACCCUAUGUGGCAACAGUGGAUUCUCAGAUGUGGGACUCUCGUCAUAUUUGCAACUCUUCUCUCUUCUCCUUUUAACAUCCCUCCUCCCCCAAAGGGGCGGGGGCGGGGGCAUGCAGAAAUUUCCUGGGCUCCGUCAAUGGCCACAUCUUUCCUGGACUCAGCAGUCUCCUCGAUUCCAUGUAGAGUGUGGAAAGGAGUCGCUGAUUGCAUUUCCUCUCAUUAACAAUUAGAUGUGUAAUAAAAAGCGUUGUACUUCAUCCUAAAUCACUGGUAAGACUCAGCCUACAGAAAGGGUUGAAAUGGCCAGAGCCAGUUGCUGGAUGCGUUCUGCAUAAAGGUUCGCAUCUCUGAUUUCCUCAUCAGGGCCUGCGAGCACCCAGGCGCCUGUAUCUCUGCAAGACCAUGAUCAGACUGGUUUACCAGGUGGUCAGGACUAAAAGGUGAUGUCUCUUUCAUUUAAGGCAGUAAAUAUCACCUCUUCAGAGUCAAGCUAAUCACCUCAACCUUGCACUGCAGAACCUUCCUUCUGCUUUUCUAAACCCAAUAUUUACAAAAGGCCAAGCUGCCAGGGAGAGGGGAUCAGGGUGAAGUUUGGCACACAGGGUUUAUUAAUGGCACAGAAACUGCCUUCUCUUUCCUUCUCUUCCUCCUCUUGGCCUUAUUUUACUCUCACACUCCCUAACCAAUACAAUUUCUCUGGCAGUUCAUGAGCAACAUAAACAAAUGGACCUCAGCAAGGACCAGGGGUGACCAGCCACUUGAAAAGUGGCUGUACAGGCUUCAAGCUGGGGCACAGGGAGUACUGUCAGCGAGUGCCUGCCUUGUUUCCUGGGGCAGGAGAGGGCUUGCACCUGCCAUCUUACAUGGCAUGGGCACACCCAUCCGUGCCCUGAGGCACAGGGCAGAAGCUGAGCAGACAGGCCCGUUGUUUCCAUUCCUAAUCAUAGCAGUUGAGUAGAAGAAAGCUCCCUUUUAAUCAGCUGCUAUAAAACAUUUGGACUGAGAGCCAGUUAACAGGUGACCUCAGAGCCGGGCCACUUUAGUUCAGCAGGGGUAUGGGGAGGAGAGACAGUGCUCCGCACUCUUCCCUCUGCUUUGCAAGAAGGUGUCCUCUUCCCAAAAUGUGUCCAGACUGAAUGUUGUUAUUACAUAUUGAGAGGCAGAUUAUGCAUAUGCAUUUUCCCUUUUCUGCUUUAUGAGUACUUUUAAGCUUUUAGUUCCAGGUUAUAUUCAAAAAAUUCUUCCCAGUGUAAUGAGAUAUCAUUGCCCGGGAAAUAUUUUCUGAGUAUAAUUCCCUUACCAACAACCCAAAAGCUAGAGAAAUAUUUUCUAUUUCGCUGCUAUCAGGGUUCCUUGUCUAUUGUGUUGAGUAUUAAUAGCUUUUUGAUUGGUUAAGGAUUUUGCUAUAGAUGAGGCAGAGGGCCUUCAGCCCUGAAAAACACACAGGUCAGGCUUGAAAGAAGCAUAGAUUCCAAGCUGUUUCAAAACGUUGCCCAAUAGCCAUAACUCUUCCAGCCCUUCUCUUAUAUGCUGCUAUUCAAAAGUGGAAACCAUCGAAUAUUCAUUGGUGCCAGGGGUUUUGCUCUCCCAUCUAGGUUCAGUUGAAGGGCAUAUUGUUUACAAGACUGUCUUGGAGCUUGCCCAGUCCAUCAUAAGUGAGCCUGAGGGUGGCCCCUGCAGGUAGCUCCAUUGAGGAUAUUCUUCAAGUUGUCCUCUGCUGCUGAUAGAAGUGGGAAUGAAGUUAAGUGGUCUGAAAAACUUGAGUCAGUCACAUUUCUCAGCUCUGGGGGUCAUUUACCAGUUCAUUGUAGAAGAAAUAAUCAGGUAAGUAGAAGCUCAUUUCCAGAGAAGGUAAACCUCACUUACCAUCUCUGCAUGAUUUCAGUGGGAAUUGGUUAUCGCUAAUCCCCAACUGGGCUAGAAUAAAUGUAAAGUUUGACCUUUUUAAGAAGAAAAGAGAAACAAAGAAAGUCUCAUCACCACCUCUACAGGAUUGGCAGGAAAGGAGCUGAAGGUGUCUCUGGGCUCUGAAGUGAAAUUCCCCGUUAUAGAUUAGUCUCAUUAAAAUUCCAGGGUGGGCCUGACAGAAAUGUCUCUUAAAGAUAGGAGGAGGCUUGUUCAAAGGCAGGCGAGGAGUGGGUGCAUUUGCCCCUGCCUCUGGGAGCUCUCUGUCGACGCUGGGGCUGCCUGGACAAAACCAGCACGCCUCGCUGCAUGUGUGUGUGUUUCCACUGCUGAGAACAUCCUUUUAUUUUGCUUAUGCGCAGUUUGAAAGUGGAUGUGAAUUGUGGAUGGGAGGCUCUUUUACACUUGUCCCUUGACAAAUUUCUUUCUGGUGGCUCCUCACCAGAAACUUCGUAGACUAGACAGGGACUCUCUGGAACUCUACUGACAAGUAAUAAAGUCUGGCCCUCAUAACUUGUUUCUGGAAAAGACCCUGGGACCCCUAAAUCAUUCUGUUUUCUGCUUCACUAAGAAAAAUCCUUUUUAUUUUUCUUUUGUAAAAUCAAAAACUGAAGAGAAGAAAUACGCAGUCUUCUCCUUUGCUGUCUCCUGGUACCCAUUGGUCUGAACAGCUGUGGUUGGCCUGUCUCUCACUUAGCACUUGGGUGUAUGUGGAAACACAGGGCUCGGGGUGAAGGAGUGGUGGGGGGAUAUUGGACAUGAUGAGGGCAGUUUCUUCUGCCCCAGAAUUAGAUAAGACACCUUGGUAUUGUUUAUCUUCUUGGCAACUUAGAUGGUAAUACCUUCCUGCCUGGAGUGGGAGAAGCCCAACCCAGAACAGUGCAGGCAGGAGCGGCGAGGCUGCAAGCUUGAUUCUGGAGGAAUCCAAGGUACCUCCAGGUGACGAUCAGGUUUACCGCAUGACUUUGAUCCACAUUUCUGACCUCCUCCAUUUCUCUGAGUUUAACAGACUUCCCAGGAACUGGAGAACAUGAAAAGGUACCCUGGCUUCUCCUUGCCUUCUUCUCUUCCCUUCUAGAAUAACUCUCCCUUCUACCAAGUGUACCCAAACCUGCAGGCUGAGUUCAGUUCCUCGGGCUUCAUCCACAUGGCUGAUUGCCGGCAGACCACAGCCCCUUAUGUUAUCUGCAGUCUCACCAUAAUCGGUGCCAAAAAGACAGUCGUCUCUUAGUGGAGCAUAGCUGAGUUUUGCUUCUUGUUAUUUUUACCUGUAGUUCAUUUGUGACUUCAGGAAGCUUGAAACAGAGGAGAGAAACCAAAAAAGUGUGAUUAUGGCAGCCUGACUUCAGAUGGAACUUCAUGCAUUAUAUCCAGAAACCUCUGUUGGAAAUAGAGUACCUAUGAUCUAAAAUUUCCUGGAGGCAGAUGACAUGUAAAAUAUAUGCUCUCCAACCCACCCAGCUGGCUCUCUUAGCUUCUGAUUGGCAGUGCGCGUGUUAAGGUUCAGUGCCGUGAACAGCAUUAUAAAGCAUCACCUCCUUUCUCUCUCUCUCUCUCUCUCUCCCUUUUUUGGACGCUGAUGGAAAAGACCAACAAGGAGGGUUAGAUCUCUGGGUACCAAGGACACUAAUCCCUUCCCAAAUCAGUGAUCACUUAAGCCCAAUGCAGGCUGUUCUGAGGGAUGUCCAUUGGACUCCAGCUAGGGGGCAGGCCUGGCAACAAGUGUGAGCCUCCCUGAGAGCUUUUGUUUGGCUCAGCCUUUGUUCUCUAGACUCUUGAGUACUGACUGCUUUGACUUUUGUGAUUAUGUUAUUAUGGUGAUGUGUAGUCAAUGUACCAAUAUGUUCACGAUCUAGGAUCAUGAAAUAUAGUGCGUUUUGGUUUUUUUUAACUGUUCAGAAAAAAGUAACUUAAAUUACAAAUAUAAGAUUAAAGUGAA